CACUGUCGCAUGGGCUUCUGGGAGUUCUAGGCAAGAAAGCCCCAAGACCUUAUGGGAGUGGUAGUCUCUGAGUCACUUCCGUGCCAGGCUUCCGCGUGGUGGGCAGUGUGGGCGUCCCAGCACUGAGUUCUGCCCGGGAGAAGCCGACCCCUCCCGCAAUGCCCGCCCCGCCGUGCGCCUCCUGCCAUGCCUCACGCGCCGCGCUCCGCCGUCCGCGCUCGGGCCAAGCGCUGUGCGGUGCCUGCUUCUGCGCCGCCUUCGAGGCCGAGGUGCUGCACACGGUGCUUGCCGGCCGCCUGCUGCCGCCGGGCGCGGUGGUGGCGGUGGGCGCCUCCGGCGGCAAGGACUCCACGGUGCUGGCGCACGUGCUGCGCGCGCUGACACCGCGCCUGGGCAUUUCACUGCAGCUCGUGGCCGUCGACGAGGGCAUCGGUGGCUACCGGGACGCGGCGCUGGCAGCUGUGCGGCGCCAGGCGGCGCGUUGGGAGCUGCCGCUCACGGUCGUGGCCUACGAAGACCUCUUUGGGGGCUGGACGAUGGACGCCGUGGCCCGCAGCACAGCCGGCUCCGGCCGCAGCCGCUCCUGCUGCACCUUCUGUGGAGUGCUGCGGCGCCGGGCGCUGGAGGAAGGGGCGCGCCGCGUGGGAGCCACGCACAUUGUGACAGGUCACAACGCCGACGACAUGGCGGAGACCGUGCUUAUGAACUUCCUGCGGGGCGACGCGGGGCGGCUGGCCCGGGGCGGGGGCCUGGGCUCUCCGGGCGAAGGGGGCGCCCUGCCACGCUGCCGCCCGCUGCAGUUCGCCUCGCAGAAGGAGGUGGUGCUGUACGCGCACUUCCGCCGCCUGGACUACUUCUCCGAGGAGUGCGUCUACGCGCCCGAGGCCUUCCGUGGUCACGCCCGGGACCUGCUCAAGCGCCUGGAGGCGGCGCGGCCGUCGGCGGUGCUGGACCUCGUGCACUCGGCAGAGCGCCUGGCGCUGGCCCCGGCCGCGCGGCCCCCGCGCCCCGGCGCCUGCUCCCGCUGUGGGGCCCUGGCCAGUCGCGCGCUCUGCCAGGCCUGCGCGCUCCUGGACGGCCUGAACCGCGGCCGGCCCCGCCUGGCCAUCGGCAAGGGCCGCCGGGGGCUAGACGAGGAGGCGAUGCCGGGGACACCCGGGGAUCCGGCCCGGGCCCCCACCUCCAAGGCCGUCCCCACCUUCUAGCGACUUCGGGCCUCCCGCUGGGAUCCGACGCCCCCUGGUGGGGUAAGCAGAGUGACAUGACUUGAUGGACACACGCCAUUCACAGCCCCCAUCACGAUGCCUCCCUUCCAACGCUUCGUGUGCAGUGCGCGCUGCACCUUCAUUUCGUCUCCACCACGGCCUCACUGGCUGUAGCCUGAAGUGGUAAAUGGCCCUAAGAUACCCAGUCGGAAGGGGUCACACCGAGGGCUCCCUCCAAAGCUCUCGAGGAUCGAAGAUCGUGGAAUUGGCCCUCCCCCACCCAACCCCUCCCGAAUCUCUCCUGGUAUCACUGUCCCGGGUGAGGAGGGGCUGGAUGGGUUCCCCAAACCUUGGACUCUGGAAGCAGGGUUGUGCGCCCGUCAGUGACUUAGCCUCUUUCAUCUCCCAUUUCUCCUCUGAAAAUGGAGUCAGCCCCCUUGCCCCCCCCGCCCCCCUGCCCUCCCCGCAUCAAGGCACUCUUGGGAGGAAGCGGAAGAUCAGAGAAGUUGAGGUGCUCAAUAAAUGGUGACCACUUGGACUUGGUCGUUCAUGUUACUGUCUGGCCACCAGGGGGCGCUGGGCUUCAGGGUUGCUGUCCUGUAGGUACGGGGAGAUUGUGAGAAUCUCAAGCUUCCUAGGGAGAUGGUGCUCUCAGUCCCACCUCCAGGACUUGUUGGGCUGGCUUCUUGUCAGAAAUGCCCCUUCUUCCCAUCACUCUGCUCAGAUCCUCCAGGGUCCUCCUGGAAGGCUUCUCAAUUCUCUCCUCCCACCUCCCAACCCUGGGCUUGGUAUUCUCCCAAACCCCUGCUUCUCAGUCCUGUCCUCACUGUGUGGCCACCCAGACUUGGGCUGGAGGGCAAGGACUAGAGGAUUCACUCAACACAUGUGUAUGAGCACCUCCUUUGCAUCAGGCACUCCUCUGGGUUCUAGGAACAUGGCAGUGAGCAGGAGACAAGUCCCUGCCCUCAUGAAGUUCAGUCUGGGGGAAAUGGACAGUAAGCACAUCAAUAUGUAAUGUCAGGUAGUGAUGAAUGCUACAAAUUAAAAAAAAAAAAAAAAUGAUGACAGACAGAAAGAGCUCGUAUCCA